GCCCGUGGGUGGAGAAACUCAAUCAGAAGUGACUACAGCUGUCCCACAGUGUCCUCUCCCAGUCUGCCCCAGACUCCGCACAGACACACACAACCCCUGAGACGGGAAGGUGAGGGUUCCACAGCCAACAUGACUGAACGCUACGACUGCCACUACUGCAAGGAGUCCCUGUUUGGAAAGAAGUAUGUCCUGAGAGAGGAGAACCCCUACUGUGUGAAAUGCUAUGAAAGCCUCUACUCCAACUCCUGUGAGGAGUGCAAAAAGCCUAUUGGCUGCAACACCAGGGACCUGUCCUAUAAGGACCGCCACUGGCACGAGGACUGCUUCGCAUGCUUCCAAUGCAAGCGCCCCCUGGUGGACAAGCCCUUCUCAACCAAGGAUGAACAGCUGCUGUGCACCGAGUGCUAUUCCAAUGAAUACUCCUCCAAGUGCCAUGAUUGCAAGAAGACAAUCAUGCCAGGCUCCAGGAAGAUGGAGCACAAGGGUAACAGCUGGCACGAGACUUGCUUCACCUGCCAGAGAUGUCAGCAGCCCAUCGGCACCAAGAGCUUCAUCCCCAAGGAGAACCAGAACUUCUGUGUGCCCUGCUACGAGAAGCAGUUUGCCAUGCAGUGUGUGCACUGCAAGAAGCCUAUCACCACCGGUGGGGUGACCUACCGUGAGCAGCCAUGGCACAAGGACUGCUUCCUGUGCACCAGCUGCAAGCAGCAGCUCUCUGGCCAACGCUUCACCUCCCGGGAUGACUUUGCCUACUGCCUCAACUGCUUCUGCAACCUGUAUGCUAAGAAGUGUGCCUCCUGCACUACCCCCAUCAGCGGGCUCGGAGGCAGUAAGUACAUCUCCUUUGAGGAACGCCAGUGGCACAACGACUGCUUCAACUGCAAGAAGUGCUCCGUGUCUCUUGUCGGUCGCGGUUUCCUGACCGAACGUGAUGACAUCCUAUGCCCUGAAUGCGGAAAGGACAUCUGAACUAACCUAAGAGAUGGGGAGUGUCUGUUUAGAUGACCAUAUAAUGACGCAGGAACAAUGAAGGUACAUUCUAUCUGAACAAAGCUUAUUUACUUUCUGCUAUUGUCAAUGUACAGUAUAUAUGAGCUACUAGAAUUAACCUAAUUUAAGUUAAGCAUAGCCUUUAUUUUAAGAUGAGAUUUGAGUGCAUGAAUGCAAUACACUGCGAAUCAAAAACGAGCUUAUAAAAAUAGAAGUUAUAAAUUAAUUAAUGUGCUUUAAAAAAGGUAUUCCUCUGUGUUGCCCUUAGGAGAAUAUGGAAGAUUUGCAAAUGUAUGCUUUUCAGUAAAGACAGAUGUUGAAUGGCUAAUGCUCUCUGCAUGCAGCAACUUGAUACUGUGUUGAUGAAUUUAUGACUUGAAUUUGCAUGACUGCUGUUAUAAUCAAUAAAAAAUAAAAAUAUGUUGCAGUGAUUCAUUUAUAAAUUGUUU